AUGUCGGCGGCGGCAAGUGGUAUCGAACAGAGCACAGGCGCUUCGCCCUUGUCAUCUCUUCAGCUGCUGGACUCUUUCAGGAAAAAUGACACGCAAAGUAUCCAAUCGAUCCUGUGUCGAUUGGACCUGACGCACCCGUUGAUUCAGCUGGAGUCUCCCCUGCACUUGGCUGUAUUGUGUGCAGAUCCAUCCGUGAUUGAGGAUAUCAUGCAUAGCCGGCAAUUAAAUGCGAAUGCUCAAGCAGCUGAUACGGGAAAUACGCCCCUCCAUCUCGCAGUAGAGACGAACCGCUUGGAUGUGGCAUCUUUCUUGAUGGCACAGCCUGAUGUAAAUGAAACGAUCCUGAACAAGGAGGGCAAGUCGCCGAUCCAACUCGUCAAGUCCAUCGAAAUGGCUGAGCUUUUCGAACAUCAUAGCUCAGAACUGCGUCACAAGGUGCUUUGUCAGCUAGAAGCGUACGAGGCCAAGGCAGCUUCGAGCGGCGCGGGCAGUCCUGAAGAACAAGCUUUGCUGGAGACGGUCUCUUCUCCGCAGAUCAGGCCGAUGCACUUGGAAGUCAUGAGUACCAAGUCCAGUUUGAAUGUCUUGCAAGCUGCUGUAAAAUACAAGUCUAAGGACCUAAUUAAGGCUUGUGUUGGCAAGGGGUUCGACCCAUACGUCAAGGAUUCUUACGGUCGCAGUGCUAAUGACAUGACAACUGACAAGACGAUGCAAGCGUUUCUACGUCAGUUGGCACACGCAGAAGCUGCCAGCUUGAUCGACUCGCAUCAGCCUCCAUCUUACCGCGGCUUUUUGGACAAAUGGACGAAUUAUAUGCACGGCUUCAAAAUGCGCUGGUUUGUCUUGUCUGAUGGUGUACUCUCUUACUAUCGCACGCCCGACGACGAAGGUAAGCAGGCGCGUGGUUCCAUUAUCUUGAACCAAAUCACCAUUGUACCGGACCGCCACGACCGUAAUCGCUUUGAAAUUGUGAACAGCUCGAGCAAGGAUUCGACGCGUUGGUACCUGCGAAGCAGGGAUUCAUCAGAGUGCAUGCGGUGGAUACAGAUUCUCGAUAAGGCCCAACGCCUCACUGCGCAGGGAACGGCCACGGCUGAUGCAGCGCAACCAGCAUUGGAAACACCAGCUACCGCUGAAGCUGAUUCAGUGCCUCAAAAUGUGACGUUGCCUGAAGUACCAGCUGACUUGAUGGACGAUGCUGCAACUGAAACGGGCAGUGUGGAUGAAUCCGGCGAAGGUUUGCACCACAUUCCACACGCACGGAGUUACGCCAAGCUCAACAACCACAUGACAGUAAGCUUUGACGUGUCGACUCGUCUUCUCUCUCAGCUGGAAGAAGAGUUGAGCGUGCCCAGCCAAGGUGUUGUAAUGCCGCCUGGACAACAAGGUCCACAGACGGCCUCUACUACAGAGCCGGCCUUCUCCAAGUCAAGUGUAGCCCUAGCUCUUCGUCGGUCAUUGGAUUACCAAUCGCAGCUCUGGCAACAGUAUGUCAAAAUGGCGCUAGAGCGUGAAACUUUCUUGCGUGAGGAGGUUGAACGGCUCGAGCGGACGCGGCUUUUGUGGGAAGAGCAAGUGACCGUGCUCGCUCGUCAGCACAAUGAGCUGGAGUCCCAUUUGCAUGAAUUGGUAUCGGAAAAUUCUCAGAUGCGCCAAGGAAUGCGCCAGACAUCGCAAUCACAAACAGUGUCGGAGGAACCAGCGUCGACCCAUGCUGAGAGUGGAAGUAAGGCGUCGAAUGCAGUCAGCGCCGCCGCUGGUGCAGCUCUAGGCGCAGCCUCAAGCGUAUUUUCACGCGCCCCUGAGAAGCAAAAUACGAACGCUUCGAGUUUGGAUGACGACGAAGAGUUUUUCGAUUCUGUUGAAUCGGAUCACGCGUCUAACCGAGAGGCCCAUCCAUCAGGGGAAAAGUCUCAAGCUCCCACGUCGGGAACUGACGUCCCACAAGAGCACCAGGACAAAGAAAAAAAGCAGGACAGUGAGCAGAAGCCUGAACAUGCGCCGGAGGUUACACCAGGUGCCAAGCGUCUCUAUGCUUUGCCUGAGUACGAACCGUAUAACCACCUGCGCGACCGCCUUCCGGUACGAAACGAUGAGCGUCCAUCUAUUUCGCUCUGGUCCAUUUUGAAGAACAAUAUUGGUAAGGACUUGACCAAAAUUUCGUUCCCCGUGGCCUUCAAUGAGCCAACGUCGAUGCUGCAGCGCAUGUCUGAAGACUUGGAGUUCUCUGAGUGCCUCGACGCCGCAGCUUUGCAGAGUGAUUCGACGCGUCGUAUUAUGUUCGUCGCAGCCUUUGCCAUGUCGAACUACAGCUCAACGAUCGGACGCAUUGCCAAGCCAUUUAACCCAAUGCUGGGUGAGACGUUCGAAUACGUUCGCCCAGACCGCGGAUAUCGCUACAUCAGUGAGCAAGUGAGUCAUCAUCCUCCGAUUUCUGCAUGCUUCUGCGAGUCACCAGGUUGGGAAUAUAUGGGUUGCGUUGAUGCCAAGUCGAAGUUCUUGGGCCGCACGUUUGAGAUUCGCCCUACAGGUGUGGCGCAUGCCAAACUGAAAAUCAAGCCAGAAUGGGCGCCCGAGUCGAAACGCAACACGUUGCCGCAUGCUGCAGAGAACGAAUCACUGUUGAUGGAGCACUACUCAUGGAACAAGGUGACUACGUCUGUCAGCGGAUUUAUUACGGGGUCACCGACCAUUGAUCAUUAUGGCGAUAUGACUGUCGUCAACCAUGUGACGGGCGAUGUGUGCAAACUGACUUUCAAGCCUCGGGGCUGGCGCAGCACAAAUGCGUUUGAGAUUCGGGGUGAAGUUUUGGACGCUCAUGGCAACAAGGUGUGGUUGAUUACUGGACGAUGGAACUCGCAACUCAUCGCGAAACGCAGCAGCGGUGGUGAGCCGAGUGAUUUAAACCCUGAUGAGAAGGACGUAUGCACGAAUCCAACCGACGGCGUCGUAUCUGAGUCCAAGUACUUGCUUCUUUGGCGCAACAGCCCAAAGGUCCCUAUGCCAUUCAAUCUCACACCAUUUGCAGUGACGCUCAACUCACGUCCAGAGGGUCUGAUGGAGUGGCUCCCUCCCACCGAUUGCCGUCGUCGUCCUGAUCUGACUGCCUUUGAGAACGGCAAGUUUGAUCAGGCGGACCAACUUAAGGUGCAGCUAGAAGAACUGCAGCGCAGUAAGCGCCGCAUGCGUGAAGAAGGCAAGCUCCCGCCGCACAAGCCGCGCUGGUUCAGCAAGACCACAGAUCCAGACACGAAAGAGGCAUUCUGGAAGCCCCACAUGUCCGCCGAUGAAGAAGGUCUUGAGACUAUGGAUUACUGGAUUGAGCGUUCAAAAAUCGGUACAAAGCAUGUCCAAAACCAGGAUGCCGACUGGGACACGGAUCACAUUUUCGGCGACCUGGAGGGCAAGAGCGAAGAAAAGUAG